GGAGGUGGCGGCGGCGGCGGCGGCAGUGGCGGCGGCGGCGGUGCGCUGGAAGCGGCCAUGGCAAAGCAGUACGACUCAGUGGAAUGUCCCUUUUGUGAUGAGGUCACCAAGUAUGAGAAACUUGCCAAGAUCGGCCAAGGCACCUUCGGGGAAGUGUUCAAGGCCAGGCACCGCCAGACGGGCCAGAAGGUAGCUUUGAAGAAAGUGUUGAUGGAGAAUGAAAAGGAGGGGUUCCCCAUCACAGCUCUGCGGGAAAUCAAGAUCCUACAGCUACUAAAGCACGAGAAUGUGGUCAACUUGAUUGAGAUCUGUCGAACCAAAGCUUCGCCCUAUAACCGCUGCAAGGGCAGCAUAUAUUUGGUGUUCGAUUUCUGUGAGCAUGACCUUGCUGGGCUGCUGAGCAACGUCUUAGUCAAGUUCACGCUGUCUGAGAUCAAGAGGGUGAUGCAGAUGCUGCUCAACGGCCUGUACUACAUCCACAGGAACAAGAUCCUGCACAGGGACAUGAAAGCUGCCAAUGUACUUAUCACCCGGGAUGGCGUCCUGAAGCUGGCAGACUUUGGGCUGGCCCGUGCCUUCAGCCUGGCCAAGAACAGUCAGCCCAACCGCUAUACUAACCGUGUGGUGACACUGUGGUACCGGCCCCCAGAACUGUUGCUAGGGGAGCGGGACUACGGCCCACCCAUUGACCUGUGGGGUGCUGGGUGCAUCAUGGCGGAGAUGUGGACUCGCAGCCCCAUCAUGCAGGGUAACACGGAGCAACACCAGCUUGCCCUCAUUAGCCAGCUUUGUGGAUCCAUCACCCCUGAGGUGUGGCCAAAUGUGGACAAGUACGAGCUGUUUGAGAAGCUGGACCUGGUCAAGGGCCAGAAGCGGAAGGUGAAGGACAGGCUGAAGGCCUACGUGCGUGACCCCUACGCCCUGGACCUUAUUGACAAGCUACUGGUUCUGGAUCCCUCGCAGCGCAUUGACAGUGACGACGCUCUCAACCAUGACUUCUUCUGGUCAGACCCCAUGCCCUCAGACCUCAAGGGCAUGCUGUCUACUCACUUGACAUCCAUGUUUGAGUAUCUGGCGCCACCUCGCCGGAAGGGCAGUCAGAUCACGCAGCAGUCUACCAACCAGAGUCGAAAUCCUGCCACCACCAACCAGACGGAAUUCGAGCGUGUCUUCUGAGGCCAGUGCCAGCCCUCUUGCUUAGGGCUGGUAUGAAUUGUUUCUGCUGUGAGACUGCACUGUGGGCUUGGUGGCUCAUUGUACUCCCUACCCUGGGCACAGUCAGCUGCGUGCGCUGGGCUGCAGUGGCGUGUCGGCCAGACGCAAGGACAGGAGAGCACCAGGGCCGUCUUGCCCCUCCUCCGUGGGUCUCUCUCUGGUGCUGCCUGAAGGGUCUCUACUUAAUAUGGACAGGAAGAGGGUAGAAGAGCCUCAGCACCGGUGACACCCCUAAAUGCUCCCAGCACAAUGGGAGAGAGCACAGGUUCCUUGUCACCCCCAGCACUCCCCUCAGAGUGAGAAAUUUGGGGAACUGAAGCGCCUCAGAAACAGGCUGCUCUUGGCCUAGGCCUCAGGAGGUACAUGGGGCCAAUGAGAACUCUUGGUUUCUUCAAGAGGUUAAUUUUAUCGUGUUUUCUUUUGUUCAGAGACAUUCCUGGAUUCCAUUUAAUCAGAAUUAAACGUCGAUUUUUUUCCA